AUGCCGGUAUCGAACAUUGUUGCGCAGGUUCGCAACGCGAACAUCACUGAGGAGUACUUCACCACGGAAGUGGACCAUUUCAACGUUCAAAAUGGCGCAACAUGGAGCAACCGGUACCUGGCAACAAUGGAUUACUUCGAAUUUGGAGGACCUCUGAUCGUUUUCCUCACCGGUAACGUGCCCUUGGAGCCGGCAUUAAUCGACGAAAGCACUCUUGUCAACGAGAUGGCCCGUGAGCUCGGUGGCGCAGUGUUCGCGCUGGAAACACGCUUUUACGGCGCAAGUCUACCGGUGGCAGAUCUUAGUGUGGACAAUCUAAGGCUACUAAACACUGAACAGAUCCUAGCGGAUGUGGCGGACUUCGUGGUGCAUUUGCGGCGUACCGUGAUCGGUAAUCCGUUCGCGCACGUGUUGGUUGUUGGCACCGGUCUUGGAGGAGGUCUUGCCGUGUGGUUCCGCAUACGAUACCCACACCUGGCGGAUGCGGCUUGGUCUUCGAGCGGGAGUCUAGUGGCGGUGUACGACUUUCAGGACUUCUCGUACGGAUGGGCGGAAUCAGCGAUCGAGAUCGGCGGUCAGGAGUGCUACAAUCGUAUCUUUAUUGCGUUCCACGUCGCCCAGAAUCUGAUCGAUGUCGGACUUGAGCGAUUGAUGUACGAGAAGUUCAACAUUUGUGAGCCAAUUGACGCGACCGAUCGCUUGCAGGUGGCGUACUUCUUCAGCGUACUGAUGACAUCGAUCGAGCUGUACACACUGCGGAAUGGAAGAGUCGGUGACUUUGCGGCCGUUUGUGCGGAUAUUACGGACGACAGCUUCCAAACAUCUCUGGACGCACUGGCGAAUUGGUUCAACAAGCGGUUCGAGGAGGAUAACGGCUGCAUCGUGGUGGACUUCGAUCAGAUGGUGGAGUCCUUCAACGCGACGUCACCAUCGGACGAAAUCAACGAGUCUGGCGCGCGUCAGUUCCUCUACCAACAGUGCACAGAGUAUGGGUGGUUCUUCACCACAGACUCCGAUCUGCAGCCGUUUGGAGAACGCGUCCAGAUGGAGUUGUACUACGAGACGUGCCGGCGCGUGUUUGGGGACUGGAUCACACUGGAGCGCAUCUUCCAGGGAACGGAGAGGACAAACGCAAGGUUUGGCGGAGCUACACCCAAUGUUAUGCAGGUGCACUUCACUAACGGUGCGUUCGAUCCAUGGCGUUAUGCCAGCAUUCUGGGUGAUUUGAAUGCGUACGCGCUGGCGGAUGUGAUUCCAGGAGAACUGGGUCGUGCAGAUCUUAGGGCCACCUCGAAAGAGAACGACUCGCUUGAGCUGCUUCAGGUGAAGCGACGUCUGAAGGAGCUCUUCGAGAGCUAUCUGUUCCCAUUCAACCCGCGAAAGAAUGCAUAA